AUGCGGCGUUGCCUGGCUUUGGCUUGUACUUCGGCCGCUGGCACCUCCUUCAAGAGCCACGCGGCCUGCAGCUACUCCGAUGUCUAUCCGGAGCAGUACGUGGUGUACAAGACAUCGGAGCUGUCCGCGGACAGCCUCGAUGGGGACCUCACCAAGACGGUGUGGGAGGAAGUCGCCUGGACCAAGGACUUCGUAGACAUAUCCACACACACCAAGCCACGCCUUCGCACCCGGGCGAAGAUGCGUUGGGAUGAAAGGUGCACUCAGAUGCAGGGCCUCAGCUAUUAUUCAGACUCUGAUGAGGAGGCCAAGGGCGACCCGCCUUCAGGAGCCCGAGGUGGGCCCGGGCCGGCAGAGGCCCCAGCGCAAGGGCAGGCGCCAGCGCAGGCGCCAGCGCAGCCAGCGGCUCCCGAAGAGGCUUCGCCCAAGCUGCAGCCGGAGCUGGAGCGGUCAUCCUCAGUCCCGUCGACGUCAUUCGAAGAGCUCCUUGGCAUCCUGAUUGCGCCGCACGAGCAGAAGGCCGAGAUCCUGGAGGCCUAUGAGAAGGCUCCUGCAGAAGGGCGUCAGCAGCUGCUGCAGGACGUGCGUGAAAUGGUGAUCAAACAAGCAGAUGAUCUAGCUCAGGAAGAGGAGGAGGCAGAGUUUGCAGAGGCCAUGGAUGCAAGCCAUGGCCAGGUAUCGGACAUACCCCAAGCAGUCGUACCCGAGGAGAAGCUCUCACGGACCCCACAGGCGACUCGAGCGCCUGUGGACGAGUCGACGCCCUUCGAGCAGAUCAUCGAUGCAUGGAUCGCGCAAUCUGCUCGGACGGGUGACGGCCCACCUCCGGAAUACAAGGACGAAAUCAUGCAGGUUUACCAGGAUGCGCCACCGGAAGGGCAGGAGCAGAUGCUGCGGGACAUGAGAGAGAUGGUGAUCAAGCAGGCGGAAGAACUGGCAGACGAGGACAUGCCGGCAGCGGCUGAUCCGUCCGGUGACACGAAGGCGAACGCCGCUGUGAAGGAGCGGUCGGCCGCUGCGGAACCGAGGGCACCGCGUGGCCAAGUUGAGGAAGAGGCGCGGCUCGCGGCCGAGAAGAAAGCAGCCUUGCUGGCGAAAAUGGGCGUCGUUCCCGGCGCUCCUCCUCCGCCUCCCCCGCGGGACCCAGAGCCCGAACAGCCCGACCUUCCCGACCCGAAGACGGUGCGCGUCUUCUUUGAGAUCGCCGUUGAGACCAAGUCUAUCGGGCGUAUUGAGUUCGAACUGUUUUCUGAGGUCGUGCCGAAAACAGUGGAGAACUUUCGAUGUCUCUGCACUGGCGAGAUGGGCCGAAGUGUGAGAACGAAGCAUCGGCUAAGCUUCGAGGGUUCUGUGUUCCACAGGAUCAUCCCCGGCUUCAUGUGUCAGGGAGGAGACUUUACUCGAGGUGAUGGCACUGGCGGCGAGUCCAUCUACGGAGACAGGUUCAAUGAUGAAAACUUUGAUUUGCUGCACAAGAAAGGAUGUCUCUCCAUGGCCAAUGCCGGGCCUGACACAAACGGAUCCCAGUUCUUUAUUUGCACAGCAGCAACGCCGCACCUUGAUGGCAAACACGUGGUUUUCGGGCAGGUGCUGACGGGAUACGAGGUGGUCGAAAAGAUGGAAGCACUGGGCCACAGGUCUGGCAAAGUGGCCAAGAGGGUUAGCAUUCUGAGCUGUGGCGAGAUCGCGACAGAGUCUGCGCCGCCUCCGAAAGUUGCGAGGGUCAUCGACGUGGCGCCCGCAGCGCGCUUGGCCUGUGAGGGCGAGGUGGUGGGUGGUGGCUUAGGCCUUCUGGGACUUCUGAAGGAGGCGGACAACACACUGGCCUUGGAGCAGGUGAAGCAGGCAGCUUUAUCAAACCUUCCACCUCCGGAGAAGGCUUCACCCGAGGAGGUGCAUGUGAUGCACAUCCUUCGCAAGCACACGGGCUCCAGGAAGCCCAAAAACCGUGGGGGCCAACCCAUUACCUGCAGUCAGCAGGAGGCAGAGGAGUACUUGGAGGAGAUCGCAAACCAAUUGGUGGGGCUCUCAGCCGAUAAGCUUCGGCAGCGCUUUGCGGAGCUCGCCAAGUCCGAAUCCGACUGUGCCUCGGCCAAGAAGGGCGGAGACUACGGCCGCUUCCAUCGGGGCCAGCGGGAGCAGGCCUUCGAGGAUGCAGCCUUCGCUUUGAAGAUCGGCGAAGUCUCCAACAUCGUCUCAACGAUGUCGGGAGUACACUUGAUCCUGCGUGUGUUUCUUUACGUGGGCGCUGAGCUUCAAGAGCCUGAGCCCUGGGCCACGCUGACCGCGCACGACAGCGUGAUCUUCCAGGACAACGAUUUCGAGGUCUUCGUGGAUGCGAAUGCCACGACCCACUUCUACAAGGAGUUUGAGAUGAAUGCUUUUAACACAACCUGGGAGUUAUGCCUGAACAAACCUUACGGCGAUGGUGGAUCCGAGAACUCCACUCGUGUUCUGGGCGACAAAGGCUGGACGAUGGAGCCUCCGCUUCGCUGCGCAAGCAAAGUGCAACCUUUGGGGUCGCUGAACAAUCCGAAGAGAAGGGGUGAGUACUGGACAGUCGAGAUUGCACUGCCCCUCGCCAGCUUAGCCGAGCGGACAGGCGCCAGAACGCCUCCCCUUGCUGGCGACUUCUGGCGUGCAAGCUUCAGCCGUGUUCAGUGGGGCCUGAAGGUGAAUCCUGACACUGGCCGCUACGAAAAGCAUCCCUCUUGCCAGUCCUGUCCCGAACCGGGAACAGCGCACGAGGACAACUGGGUCUGGUCUCCUCAGUACGCCAUCCAGAUGCAUCGACCAGAGACCUGGGGAAUCCUUCAAUUCGAGGAUUCGCUGAAGGUCGGCGCGACCUACUACCAGGAGUGGCCGAGCCGAGGAGCGGCCAUGGCAGUCUACUAUGCGCAGCACGCGUAUGCGGAGAAGCACGGAGGAGCGUUUACAACACAGCUGCCAGACCUCAUGCAGUUUUCCUCGGAUCCGUUCCUUGUUUGCGGGGAUGCGGACACCAUCAUUAGCAUUGCUGGCGAGGGUAAAUCGGCCGUUUUUGAGGCCACAGUGCGAUCCCCGUCCACCCCCGAGAUCGCCGCCACCGUGCAUUCGGAUCGACACUUGACAGUGUCAAAGACCUAG